UCCCGUAUCUGCUGGUGUGGACCAAUAGCACAGCUUCACAGUUCUCAGCAUCACCAACCAAAGGAGACAUCCAGCAUCCCCAGACCACUGGAGCGCCUACAGAGACCUCCGACAAGACGUGAAGAUUGUUUGGUUUGAUUAAAAGCCUAUUAUUUUAUUACUGUUUAGGCAUCCUGACAAUCUUGAAAUUAAAUCUUUUACUUGGUGUGCCCGUUUUUGCAUCUCCUUGAUGCGCAGUUUAUCAAGGAUAAACCCAGACAGCCAUUACUGCGGCUCUUGUUUUGCCAAAGCAUCGUGGAGGAGAGCAGAUUCCUGCUUUGCAGUGACAGAGCCCUCAUCCAUCCCGUCAUAAUUCUUUUUUAAAUAGAGCACCAACCUAAAUUUGGAUGUCUAACGCAGACUGAACUAGUCUCAGGAAGCAGUGGGGCUCCAGUUUGGCACCUUCUUUAGCUGACCCCUAACCUCGAGAUCCUGAUAACCCGCUCCCCGGCAUCAUGGGAACCGUGCUAUCGCUAUCACCCAGCUACAGGAAGGCCGCCCUGUUUGAGGAUGGCCCGGCCACCGUGGGCCACUACACGGCGGUUCAGAACAGCAAGAACGCCAAAGACAAGAACCUAAAACGGCACCCUUUCAUCAACGUACUGCCGUGGAAACGAAUAGUAGCCGUCUCGGCCAAGAAAAAGGGGUCUAAGAAGGUGCAGCCUAACACCAACUACCAGAACAAUGUUUCUCACCUCAACAAUGAGAACCUCAAGAAGUCACAGUCUUGUGCAAAUCUCUCCUCCUUUACGCAGGACCAGUCGAGUCCAUCAAACCAAGGCUCCAAAAACUCCAACAACACGGCUUCUUCUGUCAAGAAGGCGCCUCUUUCCAACUCCAACGCUGUUCCUGGGACACCCAAGAGGGUGAUUGUCCAAGCCUCCACCAGCGAGCUACUGCGCUGCCUGGGGGAGUUCCUCUGCCGGAGGUGCUAUCGGCUCAAGCACCUUUCCCCCACCGACCCUGUGCUUUGGCUCCGCAGCGUGGACCGUUCUCUGCUGCUGCAGGGCUGGCAGGACCAGGGCUUCAUCACCCCGGCCAACGUGGUUUUCGUCUACAUGCUCUGCCGCGACGUGGUCUCCUCUGAGGUGGCCACGGAGCAUGAGCUGCAGGCCGUGCUGCUGACCUGCCUCUAUCUGUCUUACUCUUACAUGGGCAAUGAGAUCUCAUACCCUCUCAAGCCAUUCCUGGUGGAGACGUCCAAGGAGACAUUCUGGGACCGCUGUCUGUCCAUCAUCAACAUGAUGAGCGCCAAGAUGCUGCAGAUCAACUCGGAUCCUCACUAUUUCACCCAGGUCUUUGCAGACCUCAAAAACGAGAGCCAGAAGGAGGAGGAGAGGAGUCGUCUGCUCAUCGGCCUGGACCGGUGAGGGGGCUCUGGAGAUGUCUUUUGGUGGCACUCUCGUCUGGCAUUUUUAAAAAGGGAUAGUUAUUUAUAAAGGGAUAGAAAUUCACUCACCCUCACGGCAUCAAACCUGUAUGACCUUCUUUUUUCUGUGGAAAACAAAAGAAGAUAUUUGGACAAAAGUGUUUAAUAGUCCUGAGAAUCAAUGGGGUCCAACAGGGUUGUUUUGGACCCCAUUGACUUUAAGUGUACACUCUUAAAAAUCAAGGUUCCAAAGGGGGGUUUUACAGCGAUGCCACAGAUGAAUGAUUUUUGGUUCCUCAAAGAAUCUUUCUCGGAACAGUUUCUGGGUUUUUUUUCUAAGUGUGAAAGUCAUUUAAAAAAUCUAAACAACAUUAUUCCAUUAUAAAGAACCUUUUGUGGAAUGGGAAGUUUUCAGGGUUGUUAAAGUGAUAAUUCACCCAAAAAUGAAAAUCCUGUCAUCAUUUACUCAUCCUCAAGUUGUUCCAAACCUGUAUGAAUUUCGUUCUUAGGUUGAACACACACA